AUGAAACGCCGCCGCCGCCCCGAGCCAACGGGCACGCGCCACGUGGCCCCGCCCGCGUCCCCGCCGCCGAAGCCCGCCGGGCCCGAGGCCGGCCCCCGAGCCCGGGCGCUCCCCCGCCGCCUGAGCGCGCGCCCCGCCGCCCGCCGGUCGUCGCCGCCUCCGUCCGCCCUGGCGUCCGCCGCCGCCUCCUCUCCCUCGCCGCCGCGCCCGGUCACGGGACCCGCGCCGUCCCGCGCCGGCGCCUUCCUCCCGUCCAACUCCGGCCACCGCAGCGAUCUCCGGCGAAAUUCUGGCGACCUCGCCCGCGCCCCUCCUCUCCCCCUGUCUCCCACGCGCCUCGCCGCGCACGCAUCCGCGCCUGCCGCUGCCGCGGCCACCCCGUGCCUCCCCGUCCACGCGCUGCUCGCGCCCGCGCCGACCGCACGCGCUCACCGCUGCCGCGUCCGCGUCCCGUGCGCCCUCACGCUCGUCCAGGCCACGCACUGCCUCACCUCCCUCGCGACCUGUGCCCGCCUGUGCCGCCCGCAGCCCUCCUCCUCGCCCCGCUCUGACGCCCGCCAACGCGCCUCCCCCUCGUUGCUACUCUGCUGCCUAGCGCCGCCACUCUGCGGUUGCGCUGCAGCCACGCCGUCCCGCCCUGGUGCCGCCUCGCUCCCACGCCGUGGCCGGUCCCCUGCUGCUGCUUUGCUCCCGGCCACCCCUGCUCCUCGCGUCGCCUCCCCCUACAGCGAGGCCGCGCGCCUGCGCCGUUCUAUCACUGCUUGCCGCUCCGCCCGCGCCCCGCAGCCUCCCCGCUCCGGCCGUUGCUUGCACGUGCCGACCGCCGAGGUCCCCUGCCCGCCAUCGCCUUGCUCGCUGUGCGCCAUCACUAGUCGCCGCAACCGUUGCCUGGGCCGCACCUGA